UCUGAUCCCCUUUUUCUGUAUAAUUGUUUUUCACGUUAGCACACCUCUUCAUAUUCGUCUCCAAUGAACUCUGCACCGAAGGACGUGGCUCAGGCCAGCCACUAGUACACAGCGAGUCUUGAUGGCGACACACUCAACGGAGUCCCUAUCGAUGCGCGCCGCAUGAUCGAUGCAGCAGUCUCUAAAACCGACGACCCAUCAACUCCCUCGCUCACAUUCCGCGCCCUGCUGCUGGGCGGGAUAUUCUCGGCUGUCCUCGCCUUUGUCAACGUUUAUUACUGGUUCCGUAGCAACCCCAUUACGCUUGGCAUUCCGGUGGUGCAGUUACUGAGUUUGCCGGCUGGCUGGAUUCUAUCUUUCGUUCUGCUGACACGGCAGUUCAACACAUUUGGCAUCCGCUGGUCGCUGAACCCUGGCCCCUUUUCAACUAAAGAACAUGUUCUGAUAUCGGUCAUGGCCAACGCCAGCACGGGCGUCGCCUAUGCCCUGGACAUCGUUGUCGUGCGCCGGUUCUGGAUUGGCCAGCCGACAUACACCUCCAGCUUUAAGAUGUUCGGAUACAUCACAGUCAAGCAGGGUCUUAUGCUGACCAAGGACCAGAAGCUCGGGUACUACAUGCGCGUGCCGCCUCGCCACUUCUCCAUCUGCCAGGUUUUGGGUACUGUGGUUGCCGUAUUUGUGCAGCUAGGGCGCCACCUCCUGGCUGAUGGAAACUGUCAAGGGUAUCUGUACCGACGCCGGGGCGUCUUGUUCUACUCGACCAUGGUCCUGUGGGGUGACAUUAGCCCCGAGCGUCAGUUCUCUGGCAAGUACCAAUCGCUGUACUAUAUGUUCUUCGUCGGCGUAGCUCUGCCUAUCCCCUUCUGGCUGCUUCAAAGGCGGUACUCGAAGAGCAUCUGGAGGCAUGUCAAUAUAUCUGCGAUGCUGACAUACAUUGAGUAUAUGCCAAAUUCGCAUACAAACAACUUCGUCAUGUUCACGCUGUUUUGUUUUAUCUUCAACUUUUUGCUCAUGAAGUACCGCUAUGCGUGGUGGUCAAAGUACAACUUCGCGCUGACUGCAGCUCUCGACAGUCGUGUGGGCUGGAAACAGAAAUCAUUGCCUACUGAGCAAGAUGUCGUUCAACGAUGCUACGCAGCAGCGCAGCUGAGUUACUGCUCGCAGCUUGGUUCACUGCACGUUGUGUAUGCCGAUCUCCAAGUGUUAGUACACUCAGAUGCCACCAUGGCCAAAACCAAAACCCCACAUGUCUGA